UGUUACGCUCAUCUAUAUAACGGCGACUGUUACCUAAAUCCAAAGAUUCAUAGAGAGAGAGACAGAGCGAGACGAUCUGAGCGAGUGUAAAUGAUCUGGAAUUUUCAGAUCUGAACUGAAUUCUGAUGGAAGCGGAUCGGAAAAUGUGUUCCGGAGCUGCGGAGACAAUAAUUGCGAUGCGAUUAGAAGGAAACUGCAGCGAGAAUUCUGUUGCCGGAGAAGUGGCGGCGAAGGCGCCGGGAGAAGACAGAUUCUCGUGCUCUGUAAUUGACGUGGACCGCGGCGGAGAUGAGGAAAUCCGAACGGCGUGCUGCCGAAUAUGCCAAUUGAGCGUAAGAGACGAUUCGAACCAGAAGAAUCUCAGAGAUUUGAUCGAGCUUGGCUGCGGCUGUAAGGGAGAUCUCCGUUUCUCCCAUCUCCGGUGUGCUGAGGCCUGGUUUCUGCUCAGGGGAAACCGAUUUUGCGAGAUAUGCGGGGAGAUUGCGAAAAAUGUUACUCGUGUUGGGAACGGAAGUUUCAUGGAGGAGUGGAGCGGCGGAAGAUCAUCCGGCGAGAGGCCCGGAGAUUGCCGGGAACGGCAGCCGUUCUGCAACUUCCUGAUGGGAUGCCUGGUUCUGGCUUUUGUUCUUCCCUGGUUUUUCCGGUUGAAUUUCUAGGACCAGAUUUGGUUUUUUUUUGGGUGGUUUUGAGCAUUGUUUACCCUUCAUUUGAAUUGAUUCGGUUCCCAAACAGAGCAAUCCUAACCAUUUUUUGUGAAAAUCAAUCUCACUUUUAUCUGGCUACUAUUUAACAAUUAUCCAAAAUAUUUGAACUAAAAAGAGUAAUUUUAAAAAGGAGAUCCAAUGUUGUAGAUUCCUUAUUUUGUUGAUAGUAACAUUUCUUAUAUGUGGAUAAAGUUGAAAUCUUGAU